AUGAGAGAGAGCGUUCCCAGGAUCAGACUCGGCUAUAAAGAACUGGUCCAGUCUGGCAGUGUGCUGUCAUUCUUGGGCUCCAGUGACGGUCUGCGGUUCCAGACUCUGCUGCUGGAUGAGGAGAGGAACAGACUGUUACUGGGAGCAAAGGACCACGUCUACCUACUGGACCUAGACAACCUCAACAGACACCCCCGAAAACUGAACUGGCCUGCUCCCAGAGACAGAGUGGAGACAUGCAAACUGGCUGGUAAAAACCCUGUGACUGAGUGUGCUAAUUUUGUGCGGGUUCUCCAUUUCUAUAACCGGACCCAUGUCUAUGCCUGUGGCACAGGGGCCUUCCACCCCACCUGUGCCUUUCUUGAGCUCAAAGGUCCUAAAGAGGCCAGCUGGUUGCAGCUCAUCAGUAACAGUGUGGAGUCUGGAAGGCUGAAAUGCCCCUUUGACCCCAGCCAGCCUUUCACCUCAGUACUGACAGAUCAGUAUCUGUAUGCUGGUACUGCGUCUGAUUUCCUAGGAAAAGACACAACUUUUACCCGGUCCCUUGGUCCACCUCCUGACCAACAUUACAUCCGCACAGACAUCUCUGAGGACUACUGGAUCAACGAGGCCAAAUUUAUCUCCGCCCACCCCAUCUCUGACACAUACAACCCUGACGAUGACAAGAUCUACUUCUUCUUCCGAGAGGCGUCUCUGGACGGCUCCACGGCAGAUAAAAGCCUUCUGUCCCGCGUGGCCCGGGUCUGCAGGAAUGAUGUAGGUGGUUUGAGAAGUCUGACCAAUAAGUGGACAACCUUCCUCAAGGCCAGGCUGGUGUGUUCUAUCCCUGGACCCGAUGGAGUGGACACACACUUUAACGAACUCCAGGAUAUUUUUCUGCUGCCGUCAAGAGAUGAGAGAAGUCCAGUGGUGUAUGGAGUUUUCACGACCACCAGCUCCAUAUUCAGGGGUUCAGCAGUGUGUGUUUAUAGCAUGGAGGAUAUCCGGGCUGCCUUUAAUGGGCCGUACGCUCAUAAAGAGGGACCUGACCAUCGCUGGGUGGAAUACGAGGGCAGAAUUCCCUAUCCGCGCCCGGGAACGUGUCCCAGUCGCACAUAUGACCCUCGGAUAAAGACCACCAAAGACUUCCCCGAUGAGGUCAUCAGCUUUAUCCGUUUCCAUCCGCUGAUGUAUCGCUCCGUGUACCCCGUGACGGGCCGACCCGUUUUCACACGGGUCAACACACCCUACCGCCUCACUCAGAUAGUAGUGGACCGCGCGUCCGCAGAAGACGGACAGUACGCCGUCAUGUUCCUGGGCACAGAUGCUGGGUCAGUGCUGAAGGUGGUGAGCAUUACUCAAGAGAACUGGGCCACAGAGGAGGUGGUGCUGGAGGAACUUCAAGUGUUUAAGAACCCCUCUCCUGUACUAACUAUGGAGAUAUCCUCCAAACAGCAGCAGCUAUAUGUGGGUGGAGGGGAUGAGCUGGUGCAGCUCUCCCUGCACAGGUGUCAUCUGUACGGACACGGCUGUGCCGAGUGCUGCCUGGCCAGAGACCCCUACUGCGCAUGGGACGGAGCACAAUGCUCCACUUAUAUACCAGCCUCAAAGAGAAGGGCCAGAAGGCAGGACAUUAAAUAUGGAGAUCCGUCCAGUCACUGCUGGGAUAUAGAGGAUGGUAAAGUUGAAGAGAAAGUUCUGUAUGGUGUAGAAGGGAACUCAUCUUUCCUGGAGUGUAUCCCCAAAUCUCGGCAGGCUCAAAUCCGUUGGUUACUAAUGAGACCAGGAUCAGAUCAACGGCAAGAGGUUAAGCCAGAUGAGCGUGUGUUGGUAACUGAACACGGUUUGCUUAUUCGCUGGCUACAACACUCAGAUGCAGGUUCUUACCUCUGCACAUCCCAAGAGCAUCGCUUCACACACACGCUCCUGGACGUCACCCUCCGAAUCCUGGACCGCUGGCAGCUCCAGGGACAGCCCCCCACAGGCCGAGGGCCCCUGGAGGACCCCACCGUGAUGGUUUCCAUGGCAGCAGAGUCCCGUCAGCGCUAUAAGGACUACUUGCGUGUUCUGAGCGGACCGGCAGGCUCCUUGGACGACUACUGCGAGACGCUGUGGCAGAGAGAGAAGAAACUGAAACAGAAAGCCAAGUGGAAACACAUGCAGGAGCUACGCAAGAGCAGGAACAGACGCCACCACCGGGGGGCACCAGCUCGCACCGCGCCCAAAUGA